AUGUUUUAAAUAUGUGUGCUGCCACAUAUAAAUGUGGCAGCACACAUAAGUGGUACACUUGGGGACUGUCCAGAUCAAACUGCUGUUAAACCAUGGCAAUGUGCUGGAGUGUCACCUCUUUAUUGGCACUAGCACUGCUCGGGUGCUUAGUUGGUAAAGAUGUAGAAGCUCAGGACUCAGUGAAUUCUUGGAAUCCUCAAGCAGCAAUGGUCUUUCCACUUCCUCCACCACCAAAGGCUCCUCAGGAUCCUCAAGCGUCAAAGGUCCUUCCACCUCCUCGACCGCCAAAGGUUCCUCAGUAUCCUCAAGCGCCAAAGGUCCUUCCACCUCCUCGACCGCCAAAGGUUCCUCAGUAUCCUCAAGCGCCACAGGUCCUUCUGCCUCCUCCACCGCCAACGUUUCCUCAGAAUCCUCAAGCGCCACAGGUCCUUCCACCUCCUCGACCGCCAAAGGCUCCUCAGUAUCCUCAAGCGCCACAGGUCCUUCCGCCUCCUCCACCGCCAACGUUUCCUCAGUAUCCUCAAGCGCCACAGGUCCUUCCACCUCCUCCACCGCCAAAGGCUCCUCAGUAUCCGCAAGAACCACAGGUACUUCCACCUCCUCCACCGCCGAAGGCUUCUCAGAAUCCUCAAGCGCCACAGGUCCUUCCACCCCCUCUACCACCAAAGUCUCCUAAGUAUCCUCAGUAUCCUCAAGUGCCACAGGUCCUUCCGCCUCCUCCACCACCAACGUUCCCUCAGUAUCCUCAAGCGCCACAGGUCCUUCCACCUCCUCCACCACCAAAGGCUCCUCAGUAUCCGCAAGCACCACAGGUACUUCCACCUCCUCCACCGCCAACGGCUCCUCAGUAUCCUAAAGCUCCACAGGUCCUUCCACCUCCUCCACCGCCAAAGUUUCCACAUUAUCCUCAAGCGCCACAGGUCUUUCCACCUCCUCCACCGCCAACGUUUCCUCAGUAUCCUCAAGCGCCAAAGGUCCUUCCACCUCCUCCACCAACAAAGGCUCCUCAGUAUCCGCAAGCACCACAGGAACUUCCACCUCCUCCACCGCCCAAGGCUCCUCAGUAUCCUCAGUAUCCUAAAGUGCCACAGGUCCUUCGACCACCAAAGGCUCCUCAGCAUCCUCAAGCGCCACAGGUCCUUCCACCUCCUCCACCUCCAACGUUUCCUCAGUAUCCUCAAGCGCCACAGGUCCUUCCACCUCCUCCACCGCCAAAGGCUCCUCAGUAUCCACAAGCACCACAGGUACUUCCACCUCCUCCACCGCCCAAGGCUCCUAAGUAUCCUCAGUAUCCUGAAGAGCCACAGGUCCUUCCACCGCCAAAGGCUCCUCAGUAUCCUCAAGUGCCACAGGUCCUUCCACCUCCUCCACCGCCAAAGGCUCCUCAGUAUCCUCAAGCGCCACAGGUCCUUCUACCACCAAAGGCUCCUCAGUAUCUUCAAACGCCACAGGUCCUUCCACCGCCAAAGGCUCCUCAGUAUCCUCAAGCGCCACAGGUCUUUCCACCUCCUCCACCGCCAAAGGCUCCUCAGUAUCCUCAAGCGCCACAGGUCCUUCUACCACCAAAGGCUCCUCAGUAUCCUCAAGCGCCACAGGUCCUUCCACCUCCUCCACCGCCAAAGUUUCCUCAGUAUCCUCAAGCACCACAGGUCCUGCCACCUCCUCCACCGCCAAAGGCUCCUCAGGAUCCUCAAGUGCCACAGGUCCUUCCACCUCCACCACCGCCAAAGUUUCCUCAGUAUCCUCAAGCGCCACAGGUCCUGCCACCUCCCCCACCGCCAAAGGCUCCUCAGUAUCCUCAAGCGCCACAGGUCCUUCCACGUCCUCCACCGCCAAAGUCUCCUCAAUAUCCUCAAGCACCACAGGUCCUUCCAUCUCCUCCACCACCAAAGUUUCCUCAGUAUCCUCAAGUGCCACAGGUCCCACCACCACCACCACCAAAGGCUCCUCACUAUCCUCAGUAUCCUCAAGCACCACAGGUCCUUCCACCUCCUCCACCACCAAAGUCUCCUCAGUAUCCUCAAGCACCACAGGUCCUUCCACCUCCUCCACCGCCAACGUUUCCACAGUAUCCUCAAGUGCCACAGGUCCUUCCACCUCCUCCACCACCAAAGGCUCCUCAGUAUCCUCAGUAUCCUAAAGUGCCACAGAUCCUUCCAACUCCUCUACCGCCGAAGGCUCCUCAGUAUCCUCAAGCACCGCAGGUUCUUCCACCUCCUCCACCACUAAAGGCUCCUCACUAUCCUCAGUAUCCUCAAGUGCUACAGGUCCUUCCACCUCCUCCACCGCCAAAGGUUCCUGAGUAUCCUCAGUAUCCUCAAGCGCCACAGGUCCUUCCACCUCCUCCACCACCAAAGACUCCUCAGUAUCCUCAGUAUCCUCAAGCGCCACAGGUCCUUCCACCUCCUCCACCGCCAAAGGUUCCUGAGUAUCCUCAGUAUCCUCAAGCGCCACAGGUCCUUCCACCUCCUCCACCGCCAAAGACUCCUCAGUAUCCUCAGUAUCCUCAAGCGCCACAGGUCCUUCCACCUCCUCCACCGCCAAAGGCUCCUCAGUAUCCUCAAGCACCGCAGGUUCUUCCACCUCCUCCACCACCAAAGGCUCCUCAGUAUCCUCAAGCGCCGCAGGUUCUUCCACCCCCUCCACCACUAAAGGCUCCUCACUAUCCUCAGUAUCCUCAAGCGCCACAGGUCCUUCCACCUCCUCCACCGCCAAAGACUCCUCAGUAUCCUCAAGCGCCACAGGUCCUUCCACCUCCUCCACCGCCAAAGGUUCCUCAGUAUCCUCAAGCGCCACAGGUCCUUCCACCUCCUCCACCGCCAAAGGUUCCUCAGUAUCCUCAGUAUCCUCAAGCGCCACAGGUCCUUUCACCUUCUCCACCGCCAAAGUUUCCUCAGUAUCCUCAAGCGCCACAGGUCCAUCCGCCCCCUCCACCGCCAAAGGCUCCUCAGUAUCCUCAAGCGCCACAGGUCCUUCCACCUCCGCCACCGCCAAAGGUUCCUCAGUAUCCUCAGGUCCCUCAACCACAGCAACCGCAGUCCCCUGCAGUGCCACAGACACCUUCCAUUUACAAGCCAAGUACGGCAACGCAAUCUCUUGUCCAGAGUUGUGAGGUGGCAGAAAACGUAAGAAUCCCAUGUGGUCCUGCUGGUGUCUCUGCUGCUCAAUGUUCUGCCUUAAACUGCUGCUUUGAGAGCCGAAGCUGCUACUUUGGAAAAGCAGUGACUGUCCAGUGCACCAAGGAUGCCCAAUUUAUUGUAGUAGUGGCCAGAGAUGCCACUCUGCCCAACACUGACCUCAACUCAAUCUCACUGUUGGGACAAGGUCAAAGCUGUACACAUGUUGACUCUAAUUCAGAAUUUGCCAUCUAUCAGUUCCCUGUUACUGCCUGUGGCUCCGUUGUUAUGGAGGAGCAUGGUGUUAUAAUAUAUCAGAACAGGAUGACCUCCUCAUAUGAAGUAGGAGUUGGGCCUCUUGGAGCUAUUACCAGGGACAGCCAGUAUGAAUUGCUCUUCCAGUGUAGGUACAUCGGCACUUCUGUUGAAACUCUGGUUGUAGAAGUGUUACCAUUACAAGAUCCUCCACUACCUGUUGCUGCUUUGGGGCCCAUCAGAGUACAACUGAAGUUGGCUAAUGGACAAUGCAAUACAAAGGGUUGUAAUGAAGUGGAUGUGGCCUACAGCUCUUUCUAUACGGAGGCAGACUAUCCUGUGACCAAAGUACUGAGGGACCCUGUGUACGUGCAGGUUCAACUCAUUGAAAAGACAGAUCCCAACCUUAUCUUGACUCUUGGUCGCUGUUGGACAACCACAAGCCCCAACCCUCACAGUCUGCCCCAGUGGGACAUUCUGAUAGACGGGUGUCCAUACAGGGAUGAUCGCUACUUGUCCUCACUGGUUCCAGUCGGUCCCUUCUCUGGUGUGGACUUCCCAAGUCACUACAGGCGUUUCAUUUUCAAAAUGUUUACCUUCGUGGACCCCAAAUCAAUGGGACCCCUGAAGGAACAGGUGUACAUUCACUGCAGUACAGCUGUUUGCUCUGCUGCACUGGGCCGCUCCUGUGAACCAUCAUGCUUCCGAAAAAAGAGAGAUGUCAAGGCUGCGGACCAGAAGACGGAUGAGCCAAAGGUUGUGGUGUCUGUUGGACCAGUGAUCAUGGGCGCCCCUGAGCAGUAAACAGCACAGCGUCGAGCUCAACAAUUUGGCUAUGAACAUUUAAUAAAAUAUUUGGAACAUUAA